AUUCUUUGCAAUGGUAUAUAGGAUCGAGUGGAAAAAUUCGACUCUUUAUGACGAGUAUCGAGUUGAAGUUGACUGGAUGUAGUUUUCAUCAACUUCUCCAAAAAUGAGAAAAUAUCGGAUCACCGUUUUUCUCAUCCUGGCUCUUAUCUCGUUCCAGGAUGGCUUUGCCGAUCCUCGUCCUGAAGAAGGAGGAGGGGGAGGAGGAGGAGGAGGAGGAGGCGGAGGAGGAGGUGGAGGAGGAGCGGGUGGCGGAGGUGGUGCAGGUGGAGGAGGUGGUAACAAAAGUCUCGAUAAUUUGAAUAAGGCCAUGCGCACACCAGUUAGUCAAGACAAGACAAGACAGGAUCAGACACGUAUAGUCACAAUACUUCACAUAGUUUACAUGUCUAUUUUCAAUGACUAA